AUGGCAUCAACGGCCAGAUCAUCAUCAUCAUCAGUGGCAGCAGCGUCUUCAACUCCGAAACGAGUUUGCGAUAUAAACGAGAAAUGCUUCUCAUCGCCGACCCCAACUAGAAAUAAUUCAAAAAAAUUCAUUUUCAACAAUUUUAACAGGAAAUUUUUCAACAACAACAACAACAAAACACCCAACAUAAACAACGUCAGAAACAGUGCAGAUAACCUGCUAACACAGACAGAUAACGACAACAAUUCCUACUACAACAGGUCGAAGCAACUAGUUAACAUAUACACGACCAACUCUUGUAAUGAUCUGUGCAACAUUAUUAACGAGGACACUUUUAAUUUCAGUAAAAAAUACAGAAAAAACAACAUUAAUUCUUUUAACAACGACAACAGCGGCUACAACAACAACAUCAGUUACAACAACAACAACUACAACAACUACAACAACUACAACCACAACUACAACAACAACUACAACAAAACUAAAUUUAGGUCAGAAAAACAAAAUAAAAAUAGCAUUAUUAGCGAUAUCUUUAACUUGAACAAUUUUGACAAAUCAUACAACAGUUACAACAACAACUACAACAACAACAUCAACAACAACAACUACUACUACAACAACAACAACAACAAUAAUAAUAAUAAUAAGCUAGAAAUUUUUCAAAUAGUUAGACUUAAUAGCAAGGAUUUCCAUAUUACAGAUUUUGACUGCUUAAAUUUCAAUAAAUCCAUAAACAACAUAAACAGCAGCAGCAACAACAACAACAACAACAUCAACAACAUCAGCAGCAGCAGCAAAAACAACAACAACAUCAUCAACAAUAACAACAACUUCGUCAGUCUAGAAAAAAAUUAUAAUGGUUUGGAUGAGGACAUAAAUAGGAGUAACAACAACAACAACAACAACAACAACAACAACAAUAAUAAUAAUAACGAUGACGUCAACAACUUCACUAGUAACAACAACAACAACGACAACAACAACAACAACAACGAAAUUAUCGCAAAUAAUAAUAACUUAAAAAUCGAAAGCGGAAUCGACAACAACAAUGAACUCAACAACAACGUCGACAACAUUAAAAUUGAUGACGUCAUUGAUGACAACAACAACAACAUUAAAAUUAACGACGUUAUUGAUGACAACAACAGCAACAACAGCACCAUAUACAACAACAACAACAUUAAGACAACAUCAUCUGCAACAAAACCUUACACUAAAAUUACCAAAAGCGUUAGCUUUAAGUUAGAUCCAAACGAAGAUAGCUUCAACAACAACAACAACAACAACAGCAACAACAACAACAAUAAUAAUAGUAAUAACAUUAACAACAGCAAACACAAUUUUAAACAACUUGUCGAAAAUUACAUUAAUGAUGUCAUAAAUUUAAAAUUCACUGAUUUAACCAUUGACGAAAAAUUCGAUACCAAUACAAACAAGAAUAUAAACAAAUGCGUAAGCAAAGAUCUAAACAAAAAUGUAAACAAAGAUACAAACAAAGAUGUAAAUAAAACAAUAAACAAAAAUGUAAGCAAAGAUUCAAACAAAGAUGUAAAUAAAACAGUAAACAAAAAUGCAAGCAAAGAUACAAACAAAGAUGUAAACAAAAAUAAAAAUAUAAACGACAAAAAGAACAGCAACGGUGACGUCAUAUCUAGCAAAACAUCUUCGCUAGUAAACAUAAACAUUAAGAAAUUUACCGGCUCUCACAGACUCUCUGGUAAAGCCAUACCACCAUGUGAGCCCAUUUACAAUGCUUAUAACGAUUUUGCUAUAAGUAGCUACAAAGCAUUUCGAUUUCGUAAUAAUAAUAACGAUAAUAAUAACGAUAAAAUUAACAGAAAUAACACCAUAAUUAUAACCGGAGAUGUUAUAGAUGAUAAAGAUAACUUGAAGAACAAGUUAAAAGACAUUAUCAGACAUUACCAUUUCGUCAACAAACACGUCAACAAAAAAUUUAAGAAAAACAGCAACAGCAGCAACUACAACAACAGCAGCAACUACAACAACAGCAGCAACAACAAAAUGAAACGGAGACGGCAAACGUACACUGUGUAUUUGUGUAAAGUUGUCGAAAAGACAAUUGAAGAAACUUGCAAUAUCACGUCAACUAACAACAACUGCAACAAUAGCAACAACAACAUCAACAACAACAACAACAAAACAACGGUCGUCAUCAGUGGCAGCAAUAUUGACGCAAUGACCUCAACUACUCUUGCCACCACAAAGGACAACGACAGCAGCCACAACAUCGAAUCGACCAACAACAUCGAAUUGACCAACAUAAACAACAACAACAACAACAACAUUGAAUACUACGAUGUCGGCAACAACAACAGCAACAUUGCAAAAACCACCACCUUCACCGGUACCAACAACAAAAUCAACAACAUUACUACAAAAAGCAGCAGCAACAGCAGUAGCCACAACAACUACAAAGACGUCGCAGUGUCAACAAGUGUCAUCCAAACUUGGGACCAGCCGCAGGACGACAUUGACAUUAACUUUCCAUACUUGUCUGAAGUUUGGACUGUCAACAGACACCAGCAAAAGCAGCAAUACAGAAACUAUCUCCAACUACUGCAACAACAAAAUAUAGCAUACAAUAAAAAAAGAUCGCUCUAUUCAAUUAAUCGCUCUGGUAAGAACAAAUGCCUACCAAUUCAUGUCCAUAGCAAAAAGAUGGAAGUUAAAAGUUCAUUUUGGAGCCGGUACUUGAAAAGGUACUUGAAGAAGGUUCCAGAUCAGGUUGAAGGUCAACCGGAAAUAGACGCCGAGCAUCAAAUGGGUGAUCAGCCUGCCAACGUCCACCACAGAAGCAGUAGCCGGAAUGAUGGAGAAGGAAAAAAUGAGGUCUUGAAAAGUUGGGAUGACCUAGUUGAGGGUGAUCAGAAGGUCAAAGAUGGUAAUCAGAAGGUCAAGGAUGGUGAUCGGGAGGUCAAGGGUGGUGAAAGGUCAGAGGUCAUUCAGAAAGAUAGGAAAGAAUUGACGUCACCAGAGCAACAACAAUCGCCGCAACUGCAACAACAGCAAAGACAUGAUUUCAAGAACCAACGCCAGCAACAUCAUCUCAGUGAAUAUUUGCGACAGACAGGUGAACAAAAUCAACCGUCCCAGCAACAACCACAGCAGCUGCCAUAUCAGAAGCAUUCAUCGAAGAGACAACAGACGAUACAACAGAUCCAACAUCAACUCUAUUUAAACUUCCAUCAUCAACAUCAACAACAUCAUCAACAUAUCUGUAAGCAUCAGCUGCCAAGCAAACAACAAACACAUCUAGAACAAAAACAAAAUGGCGCCGAGCAAAAGCAACAAAAACAUUUGAAUCAACAACAAAAACAUUCGGAUCAACAACAAAAACAUUUGGAUCAACAACAAAACAUGACACAACAACCACAACAACCGCAACAACAACAACACAAAAAACACAUAGUCGCAGAGCACAUACAAGCACUUCAACAGACUUUUAAACAGACCAGCAACAAAGCCGAGGGCAACAAUCACCAUCAUCAACUUCAACAAAACACAGUUCAAAACGACCAAAAAAUCUCCAAACUCCAACUUGAUCUAACUAGCGGUAACAAUCCGGAUAAUCUCACCGCCCCACUAUCUACAUCGGCCGACGACCGCCCUUCUAAGAGUGCCAGGGUCAGAUCAAACAGCCUCGGAAGCAUCCUAGACACCCACGAGAAAAAUAUUAACAAAGUCUCCACAUCAACUUCCACCGAUGGUGACAAAAGCGUUCUGGGACAUGGAAAAAUCCUGAAAACAUUCUAUCCAUUCAAAGUCCAAGACACUGAAAAUAACAACAAAGUAAAGGCCCUACAGAAUUGUUUCUCAAGCGGAUAUCGAGGAGAUGCUGAAAUUGGCAGCAGCCUAACUUCCAGAAAGGCAAAUAACGUUCCGGAACCGCCCACUUCAAAAGAAGGGGGUGACAAGACUGAGGUCGAGGGGGUGGAAAUUUUGAAUGGAAAGAAAAAAGGGCCCCCAGCCAAUGGUACUGCCAUUUUGAGCAACCUUGCUAGGUCAUGGUUUGGUGCUAACAACGGUAUGGCAGGUAUGACGCUGAUGGUAUUUCUCUUUCUAAUCGUCUUCCUCAUCUUCAAAUGUGCCGGAUAUUAA